CCAAAAUUUUUACAGUAUCCAUAUUUUCAACAACAAUAAACAUUCCACAAAAUGGGUAAAUUCAAUAAAGAGUUUUUUGUAAAACUUUUGGCCGAAUUUUUAGCAAGUCUUUUCGUACAAUUUGUGGGCUGCUCUGUUGCCUCAUGGUACACCGUAUCUUUAGCUUAUAGCUUUGGCUGGGGAGGCUCUGUGAUUGCCGCAACUCAAGCAUUUCGUAUAGUGUCUGGUGCCCACAUAAAUCCCUGCAUAUCUGUAGCUGCUAUGAUAAUGAAGAACGUUGAAGUUGUCGAUGGUUUUCUGUACAUACUAAUGCAACUUUUGGGAUCAGCUUGUGGAUUUGGAAUUUCGUAUGGUUUUGUGCGCUUCGAAAAUUCGACGAACUUUUGUGUGACGCAAGUCAUUAUAAAACCAUGGUGGAAAUCAAUAUUUUUAGAGCUCUAUACGACUGGAGCUUGGGUAUUAGCAAUGUGCGCCUCUUGGAAUAAAGCCAAUGAGACAAUGCUGGAGACAAUCUCGCUGCGCAUUGGAAUCGUAGUCACAGCUUGUAACUUAGCUGGAGGUGCCUAUACCGGAGCAAGCAUGAAUCCAUUCCGGUCCCUUUGGCCUGCAAUAGCUGCCUCCUAUUGGGGAUACAUUUAUAUUUAUAUCGCCGUGCCACUUGUUACCUCCAUCUUAUUGUCAGUCGCUUGGCGUUUCCUCUACCUACAAGGUAAAGAUGAGAACGCCGAGGCUGCUGGAGGCGAAUAACUUCUUAUCAAUCUUAUUAUGUUCAAUAGCAGAUUUUGCUAUUAGAGUUAAGUUUUCCAUCAGAUAAUCAGAUAUUUUUCGUAUGUUAGUAAUAAUAGUCAGAACUGGCGUAAAUAAAAAGUGCGAAAAUAUUGGUAU